AUGGUAGAUGCGACAGACCAUGGUGCACGCCGAAGGCUGAUGGCAACAGCCUUUAGCAAGACGUACCUCAGACAAAACUGGGAGGGAAUUGUUCGAGACAAGAUCCGUCUUGCCGUCACAAAGAUGAAGGAGGAGGCGAGACAGUUGGGAAAGAUGGAUGUGCUCAAAUGGUGGACGUUGAUGACCACGGAUGUGGCAACGCAUCUAAUGUUUGGAGAAUCCUUUCAUAUGAUUGAACAGGGCAAGAAAGACGAAUACAUCAGAGUACUUGAGAUGGCGCUGCAAGGGGGCGGAAUUGGAUCCGAGCUGCCUCUUGUUCGUGCCAUUGGGCAAUAUCUGCCUUUCGAGCCUUCCAGGACGCUUUUCGGAGGAAGACAUUACCUUCAAGAGAAGGCACACAUCGCUGUGAAGAACGCGUACGCUCCUGGAAACGAAAAAGAUCUUUUUGCGCACAUGAUUCAUGAAGCUGAAAAGGGCUUACACUUGGACGAAACCGAUGUCGAAUUGGAAGCGGGCGCUUUGAUUAUUGCUGGGUCUGAUACAACUGCCGUGUCGCUCACAUACCUCGUCUGGUGCGUUCUAUCGAGACCAGAACUGACAGGAUUGCUUUGUACGGAGCUAAAACAGCUCCCCCAAGGGUAUUGUGAUCGUGAUUUGGAAGCACUCCCAGUACUCAAUGCAGUCAUUGAAGAAACAGUUCGGUUGUAUGGUGCCGCUCCUGGAGGAAUGCCCCGGCAAAAGCCUACCGAACCGGAGUAUCUGGGCGGUCACUUAAUCCCGGCUGGUCAACGGUCACAACUCAGGCUUACUCACUACAUCGUAACCCCCGGGUCUUUCCCGAUCCUUUCAUGUGAGUUUUCAAUGAUCAAUAACACGGGUGAAGGCCGGCUGAUUUCUGAACUCUUGCAGGUUUGA